CUAUUCGCUAUCCUCGCGGGCACGGGAGUGAUCGCAAAUCCCAAUAGGUACGUCUUUAACCCUUGAUAAGAUAUGUCCUGACAUAGUACUAUCUCUCAUAACCUGGCUCUCUCCUCCAGCGUCGUGCGUUCUCCUUGCAUUGCUAACAACUUGAAGUUUCGCCUCACAUACAGGAACGGGAACAGCAACGCCCACCAUGUCUUCGGCCCUAACAACAACCCACGGGGCGAUACCAGGGAUUUCAUCACCAGCAGCAGGUUCCUCAACAGGAACAGCAACCGCACCAUCAUGUGUCCCAUUGCAGAUGCCUCUCCCAUCAGUCUGUCAGGACCAGUCGAAGACCAUCUACAAUGCUAGUUGGGUGGGCAUCGAAAACGCCGUAGGGAACUGGAACGUGGACUUCCAAAACCCGGCAACCCCCGAGGCCUGCUGCGGUCUAUGUUACACGGCCACGCCCCGAGGCUGCGACGCGUGGGUCUUUGACGCAGACGCCUCGCCCACCCGCUGCACUAUCAUCUUGGGAUGGCACGGCGUGCGGCCGGAUCGGCAAUGCCCAAACGGCCACACCGACGGAACGCACAUCCGGGUCGGCGACGGCGGGCAGCAGAUAGCGGGACCGGGCCCUUGCGGCGGCGAGGUCAUCCUGGAGGGCGCGGCGGGCAAGCCUGGACGGCCGAGGCGGAGUCACACAGAGAGACUGGGCGGGGCGGUGUGACGGGGAUGGAAGACACUUUGCUUUUCGCUCUGCAGCCCGAGUGUUCCUUACUUGGGGGGUAUGACUACGGCGGCGUUAGACAGGCGGAUAGAUACAGGGCUUUUGUGUCGUCCAUCAUGGCCACUUUUGGUUGUGAAUUAUUGGGGGUUGGUUACGAGUGCUCUGUGUAUCGCCUCUACAGGUCGCUAUCGUAUAUCAGACCAGGUUGUUUUAGCAACUUGGACAAGUAAUCGACACCCUCUGAAGACGCUGGAGAAGAAGGAGCAGAUAUGGUGAAGUACCGGUGAGGUUGAACAGCUCAAUGCGGCUCUGGAAAACUUGCGCACUUGUGCACGUGAUUUCCCCCUGGUCUUUACAUCAAUCAACCACCGAACUUCAAUCUAGCCAUAACUAGGUAAACAAGGGAGCGAAGUUAAUCCAUCAAGCGUUAGGUACUAUCAGAGUACGAAUGAUCGUCUUGAUUGCGCAUGUUAGGGCUUGAAUGAUGCGGUCAAU